AGGCUCGCAAUAGAUCCAUCUCCAUUCCAAUUCAAAACACCAAAACAAACCUCCAACCUUUCGCAGAAAUGGUGAUCAUCACAGAGGAAGAAGACGACCAUAAACGACACUCAAAACCCUCCCCAAGACCCAAACCCACCCCUUCCUCCAAACCAUCAAAACCCUCUCCGCCCUCAAAACCACCCCAAAACGUCCAAAACCCAUUCGCCUUCUGGUUCUACUUCACCGUCACAGUCGCCAUCAUCACCCUCAUCUUCAUCUCCUUCUCCUCCCUCUCCCCACAAGACCCCAAGUCCUGGUUCCUCAGCCUCCCCACCCCGCUCCGCCACCACUACUCCAAGGGCCGCACCAUCAAGGUCCAGACCCGCCCCGACCAAUCCCCCUUCCAAGUCUUCACCUCCGAGAAAUCCGUCACCGAAUCCGAGAAGGUCAUUAUCGUCCACGGCCUCGGUCUCAGUUCCUACGCCUUUCGUAAUGUCAUCGACGCUUUGGCCUCCAGAGGGGUCCACGUCGUGGCGUUUGAUCUGCCCGGGAACGGGUUUUCGGAUAAAUCAACGGUGGAGAUUGAAGACAGCGGGGGCGGGUUUCUCGGGAGGUUUAAGUUUGUCGUUAGUGAGAUUCAGGAGAAGGGUUUGUUUUGGGCGUUUGAUGAGAUUGUGGCAACUGGGCAGGUGCCGUUUGAGGAGAUUGAGGCUCGGGCAUCGAAGAGGAAGGUUGAGAAGGCUAUUGAGCUGGGGCCUGUGGAGAUUGGGAAGGUGUUGGGGCAAGUGAUUGAGACAAUGGGGCUGGCUCCUGUGCAUUUGGUCUUGCAUGACUCGGCUCUGGGGAUGGUGUCGAAUUGGGUUUUGGAGAACGCGGGGAGUGUGAGGAGUGUGACAUUGAUUGAUACCGGGUCGAAACCGGCUGGGGCUUUGCCCUUGUGGGUUUUUGAGGUGCCGUUGGUGAGGGAGGUGGUGUUGGGGGUGAGCUAUGCUCAUGCAUUGUUGGUUAGGGUGAGUUGUUCGAGAGGGGUUGGUGGUGCGGAAUUGGAUGCGCAUAGAGUUCUUUUGAAGGGGAGAGAUGGGCCGAGGGCGAUUGUUGGAAUGGGGAAGAAGUUGAAUUAUAGCUUUGAUAUUGCAGAGUGGGGUGGUUCGGAUGGACUGAAGGGAGUGCCAAUGCAGUUGCUUUGGUCUGGUAGUUGGUCUAAGGAAUGGAGUGAAGAGGGACGCCGAGUUGCCAAUGCACUUCCAAAGGCAGCUUUUGUCACUCAUUCUGGUGGAAGAUGGCCUCAGGAGGAUGCAGCCGAUGAAGUAGCUGGGCACAUUGCCAAUUUUGUAUCCUCACUACCUGCUACUGUCAGGAAAGUCCACGAAGAGCCGAUCCCUGAGCAUGUUCAAAAGAUGCUGGAUGAAGCCGAACAGAGCGGUAAUCAUGGACAUGUUCAUGUUCAUGGUCAUGCUGGGCAUGAAGAACAUAAUCACAAUGUUCAUGGUGCUGGAGCUGGUUAUCCUGAUGCAUACGGCCUUGGUCAUGGUCACGGAUGGUGAAGACUACAACCCUACUCAAUACGUUUUGUUUUAUUUUCUUUUCUUUUCUUUUCUUUUCAUUUCACCCGGGUAACAGUGGGGCUAGAUAAUUAGAUUUUGGCCACUGGCUAACCAUUCGAAACUUUCAUCUAUUGUACAAGAUGCCUUGAAUAGCAAGUUUGUUGUGCUGAAUGUUUGAAGCUUGAGAGAUGUUGUAUCUUUUAUUACAAGUAAAGAAAGGAAGCUGAUUGAUAU